UUUUCCGACUCCGAAAAAAUGAGCUGACGCUUGUUGUGAAAUGGGAAUAAGGCCGCGGGUCAGACCGUUUUAAAAGACAGCCUGCUAAUUUUUUUCAUUGUUAGGUUUUGUAUGAUAACGUAGACAUUUUGAACAUGCACUCCCAAAUUUUAUGUGGCGGCACAGCUGCGGCUGUUGCUGCGAGAAGGGUGCGGUAUAUUUUGGGUUGUGUCCUGGGAAGAGACGGCUGGAUGUUCAGAACUCAUGAGGUCAAACUUCUGAACACAGCCUCAGGUGACACAGUGAAGAUUGGUGAGAUCACUUACAAACUCAAGCCACCCCAGAAUCCAGAACUUGUUCCUGUGAAACACAUUUCAGACUCCCUACCGCAGUCGGUGGCUCAACACCUACGAUGGAUUAUGCAGAAAGACCUUUUGGGUCAGGAUGUGUUCCUCAUUGGCCCCCCAGGACCCCUGAGAAGAUCCAUAGCUAUGCAGUACCUUGAGUUGACUAAACGGGAAGUGGAGUAUGUCGCUUUGUCCAGGGACACCACAGAGACUGACCUGAAACAGAGGAGAGAGAUUCGAUCGGGGACGGCCUUCUACAUAGACCAGUGUGCUGUAAGGGCCGCAAUAAGAGGCCGAGUCCUGGUCCUGGAGGGAUUGGAGAAAGCCGAGAGGAACGUCCUGCCUGUUCUUAACAACCUGCUGGAGAAUCGAGAGAUGCAGCUGGAGGAUGGCCGCUUCCUCAUGUCAGCGGAGCGUUAUGACAAGCUGCUGCAGGAGCACACCAAAGAGGAGCUGGACAGCUGGAAGAUUGUCCGCGUAAGCGAGGACUUUCGGGUCAUCGCGCUUGGUCUUCCUGUACCCAAGUACAAAGGCAAUCCGCUGGAUCCUCCUCUCCGCUCUCGCUUCCAGGCUAGAGACGUCUAUUACCUACCAUUCAAGGACCAGUUGGAGUUGCUAUACUCAGCAGGACCAAAUGUCGCUGCAGAAAGAGUUUCCCAGCUGCUCUCACUAGCUACUACGCUAUGCUCCCAGGAAUCAUCCAGCCUAGGCCUUCCUGACUUUCCUGUGGACAACCUGCUUCCUGUCCUUCAUGUCCUGAACUCUUUCCCAAUGCUAUCCUGCCAGCAACUGCUCCAUAGGCUUUAUCCAUAUAACAGUAUGUUGGGCAAGGACGGUCGCACUGCUGUUGAGGGUGUACUCAGUCGAUUUGAGCUUCUGGAUGGUCAUCGUCAGCCAGCACCCACCACCAUUUUGAGUGUGUCCACGGCAAAAGAUGUAGAAGGCCAUGCAGACAUCACUUUACAUGUAGUGGACAAAGACAUCACCUUUCAGGUUCCAGCAGGCGUUAAGGAGCCACGUCCACCCAAAAGCAGUCCCACCUACAUUCAUACACCAAGCCACUCCCAGUUGUUGGCCGAGAUGAUACAGUCGCACAUGGUUAAGGACAUAUGUCUGAUAGGACCUAAGGGUUGCGGCAAGUCGGUGAUUGCCAGAGAGUUUGCUGAGAUGCUGGGUUACAGCAUGGAGCCUGUCAUGCUCUACCAGGACAUGACAGUCAGGGACCUUCUCCAACAGAGGUACACGCUCCCAAAUGGGGACACAGCAUGGAGGCCAUCUCCACUGGUCACUGCUGCUAUGGAGGGCAAGCUGCUGCUUCUCGACGGCAUACACAGAGUCAACCUGGGAACCUUGGCUGUACUAUCCAGGUGCUUUGCCUCAUUUCCUGGAUGUAGCUGCUGUGAUAUUUUCCAAAUGCUCUGUUGGAAUCUGCUGAAAUCAGCUGAAAAGCAGAAUUAUCUGCUGAAAAGAGGUGUAGAAGCAGAAGUGCUUGCUGAAGAUGGCUGUAUGGGAAAGGGUACACUGAAGAGUGUCAAGAAAGUAGAGUGCAUGCAAGCGGGGAAGAUGUAUGGCAACCGUCACAGAUCCGUUUUCCCCAUUCAUCCAUCGUUCAGAGUGCUGGCCCUAGCAGAACCCCCUAUCGUGGGGAGUGCAGGCAGCAACAGCAGAGCUCAGCAGUGGUUGAGCCCCGAGGUGCUCACUAUGUUCCUUUACCACAAUGUCAUGCCGCUGGCCAAAGAAGAGGAGAUGGGCCUCAUACAGGGACUGGCUCCUAAUGUACCGAUGGAAGGAGCAGAGCAGCUACUGCACCUUGCACACAGUCUCCGCAAGACAAAUGACCCCACAGCACAGUCUCUGGCCUCGUCUCUCUCCACUAGACAGCUGCUAAGGAUCUGUCGCCGUCUCUCUCGGCACCCUGAGGAGAGCAUCACUCAUGCAGUUAAUAAGGCUUGUCUCUCCAGAUUUCUGCCCAGCCUGGCCCGUUCCUCUCUUCAAAAAAACCUCAUGAACUGCUCCAUACAGGAUGCAACAGACCCCGCUGAUCGCUCUCUUGAUUAUCCCUGUAUGGUAAAGGACGGUGUGUUGACCAUUGGGAGUGUCUCCGCUCCCAUCUACAAUGCUGACCAGAAAAUGAAGGUUCCUGAUGUGCUCUUCUAUGAUAAUCCCCAGCACAUGAUGGUGAUGGAGGACAUGCUGAAAGACUUUCUGUUAGGAGAGCACCUCCUCUUAGUGGGAAACCAGGGUGUUGGCAAAAAUAAAAUUGUGGACCGGUUCCUGCACCUUCUCAACAGGCCCAGAGAAUAUCUACAGCUCCACAGGGAUACAACAGUCCAGACUCUGACCUUACAGCCCUCGGUGCGAGAUGGCAUCAUUACAUAUGAGGAUUCCCCUCUGGUAAAGGCAGUGAAGUUUGGCCAUGUGUUAGUGAUAGAUGAGGCCGACAAAGCUCCUACAAACGUCACCUGCAUUCUCAAAACCCUGGUGGAGAGCGGAGAGAUGAUCCUGGCUGAUGGACGCAGAAUCAUCUCAGGUCCACGUGAAGCCAAGGGGAGGCCUGACAUCAUAAUUAUGCACCCAGACUUCAGGAUGAUCGUCCUCGCUAACAGACCUGGUUUUCCUUUUCUGGGCAAUGACUUCUUUGGAGCUCUAGGCGAUAUUUUUAGCUGCCAUGCUGUGGACAACCCGAAGCCCAAAGCGGAGCUGGCUAUGCUAAAACAGUAUGGCCCCGAUGUUCCUGAUGCUACGUUGCAAAAGCUCGUGGCAGCCUUUGGAGAGCUCAGGUCCUUGGCCGACCAGGGUACCAUCAACUACCCCUAUUCUACUAGAGAGGUGGUCAACAUUGUCAAACAUCUCCAGAAAUUUCCCGAUGAGGGUCUGGCCAACGUGGUGAGAAACGUCUUCGACUUUGACUCAUACAACAAAGACAUGCGGGAGGUUCUAAUUGAAGCACUGCACAAGCACGGGAUUCCCAUUGGAGCCAAGCCCAGCUCUGUCAAGCUGGCUAAGGAGUUUCCCCUGCCGGAGGUCAAGAUGACAGGAUAUUGGACCAUAAACCAAGGUGGCAACACUCGACGCAAACUACUGUGUCCCACGGACACACGGCCCAUAGAUGUCAAGGGCCCAGUGUUUCUGCGUGUCCAGAAGCACCCCUGCAACAGGCAGGAAAGCAGGGCUUUGAGUUUCACUGAAGAGAAAGCCCACUGGCAGAUUCCCAUGAAUGAAGUUAACAUCAUCUGUGACGUCACCACCAAAGAUGAUGUGCUGUAUGUGGCCACCUGUAACCCAGUGUCCCUGUACUCCAUGAAGGAGCGGGGGGAAACUAUCGAGUGCAUAGAGCUCUACGAUGUCUUCCCCAGGACCAUCAGUGGUGUCUGGCAGCCCUUUGUUACGGUUGCUCCACUUGGGAGUCCCCUGGAUGGACAGGUGGUGCUGCACGAGGAACAGGGUAACACAGUGCUCCAUUUGGACUUGGUGACAGGCGCCUUGCGGAGGCUCAUAAUUUCCCCCGACAGUGAUCAGUCUUCCAGCAGAGCGUCGAACUGGUGGAACAGUAAGGAACAACAGGCAGGGUAUAAAAUGUGUCGUGACUUCUCCCACAAAAACUGGCUUCUGUUCUAUAAGGAGGACAGCAACCAGCUGGAGGUCCUGGAUGUGCUUGAGGGACAAGUUCACUCCAUCUCCCUUCCGAUCAACCUAAAGUCUGUCUUCCUGGUGGCAGAGGACCGCUGGCUGCUGCUGGAGAGCAACUCUAACAAGAAGUUCCUGCUGACCAAGCCCAUGCACAUGGCAGCUGAAGACUCUGGAGUCUGUCAGCUUCACAGCAUCAGUGAGGACUCAGUCAACUCAGGCCAUGGAACAAGCUCAGCCGAGUUGUCUAUACCCCAGAUGCUGUCAUGUGAGCAGCUACCCAACGAGAACCUGAGUGCCGCUCUGAACCAGAAGAUUGUUUCCCCUAACCGUGUGCUGGUUGACACAGAUUCCUACGCGCGGCUCAUCGUCGGCUUCCCAGAUCUCAUGUCACCUAAUGAAGUGUACAGCUUUAAAAGACCCGUCAACCUAUCAGCGAUAAAGAGUGGUGACAGCGGGGCUCAAGCAUUCUUCAGAGGAGGGCUUCGGAGCGCCACGGCCAAACAGGAGAAUUGUGUCAGUCUGAUCCCGGUCAAUCAGGUGGUUCGAGCUCUUCCACCUAACAAAGUCCCCCUAAAAGAGCUGUACCCCAAAGACGUCACACCUCCAAUGACAGCGGCAUACCUGGAGGUGACUGAUCUCAACUCCAAGAAGCUCAAAUAUAUUCCUGUUCCAAGGUCAAUGACUGUGUCGCCCUACACCAACUGGGUGUCCAAGGUGUCAGAGUGUGAUGUGCUGAUAGCUGCUCUUGGUUCUGGAGGUGUCGUCACAGUGGAUAUGGGCGGGUACAUCCGUCUCUGGGAGACAGGAUUAGACACCUUGCAGCGCUCACUGAUGGAAUGGAGGAAUAUGAUUGGCUCAGAGGACGGCAGACCCAUACAGAUCACCAUCCAGAGGGACAGUGGCCUGGAUGUCAGCGCCCCGAAACAUGGCAAGAUCGACCCCCACAAUGCUCCUCAUGUCGGGGGUAACCAGUGGGCGGGAGGCACAGGUGGCAGAGACACAGCAGGGCUGGGUGGCAAGGGAGGCCCCUAUCGUCUGGAUGCAGGGCAUAAGGUCUAUCAGAUUUCACAGGUGGAGAAGGAUGCGGUUCCUGAAGAGGUCCGUAAGGCAGCCCGAGAAAUGGCUGAAAAGGCCUUCAAAGAAAGGUUGAAGGAGAUUGAUAUGAGUGAAUACGAUGCUGCUACAUACGAGCGCUUCUCCAGUGCCGUGAGGAGACAAGUUCAGUCACUCCGCAUCAUCCUGGACAGUUUACAGGCUAAAGGGAAGGAGCGGCAGUGGUUAAAGAACCAGGCUCUGGGAGAGCUGGAUGACACCAAGAUCAUCGAUGGACUGACUGGAGAGAAGGCUAUAUAUAAACGCAGGGGAGAGCUGGAACCAGAGCUGGGCAGCCCUCAGCAGAAGCCCAAGCGGUUACGGGUGUUGGCCGACGUGUCGGGCAGCAUGUACCGCUUCAACGGUGUGGAUGGCAGGCUGGAGCGCUCCAUGGAAGCUGUUUGUAUGGUCAUGGAAGCUCUUGAGAACUAUGAGCACAAAUUCAAGUAUGACAUAGUGGGCCACUCGGGUGAUGGCUACGACAUUGAACUGGUCACGGCAGACAAAAUCCCCAAGAAUAACAAGCAGAGACUUAAAGUCCUGAAGGUCAUGCAUGCCCACUCUCAGUUCUGCAUGAGUGGUGACUACACUCUGGAGGGGACGGAGGCCAGCAUCAAGGAGCUGGCGAGAGAAGAAGCAGAUGAGCACUUUGUGGUGGUGCUGAGCGACGCUAAUCUGGAGCGCUACGGCAUUCGGCCCGAGCGCUUUGCCCAAGUCUUGACCUCUGACCCACAGGUCAAUGCCUUUGCCAUUUUCAUUGGCUCCCUUGGCGAUCAGGCUGAAAGACUCCAAAAGACCCUUCCAGCAGGGAGGUCCUUUGUCGCCAUGGACACCAAGCAGAUCCCCCAAAUCCUGCAGCAGAUCUUCACCUCCACAAUGUUAUCCAGUGCCUGAUGCAAACACAUAGUACAUACCGUACACUCACUUGUUAUCUCACACACCCAAAACUUCAAAAAGUUUGUUGUGAAAGCGCUGAAAAUCUUCACACUCUGUGUCACAUCAAAUGACUUUAUCAUGGCUGCAGCAGGUCCGGAGGGGUCGCAUUAGCACGAGCCGGGGGUUGGACAGUUUGUUAUUGUUAAGAAGCCUGUUAGCAUGACAGAGUAACUCAUGUUUAGAUAUUUUGCUGUGUCCCUCUGGGAACAGCUACAGUACACAAAGCGUGUGAUCUCUUUUAGUGUGACUGUAAUCUGCUGUGUAAUCUGUGACGCGAAUGCCUGGAGCCUGUCUCAGAUCCCAUGUAGGGAUCAAACACACAGCCUAACCAGCUGUUCUUUUUAAUUGUGUUUUUGCCCCUACACACACACACACACACACACACACACACACCUUUGUCCUCUAUCGGGCUGUGAGAAACUCAAAGGGAAGGGCCAUGGAGUCGUGACAGCAUCCAUUUAUGUCAGAGCUCCUGACUUCUUGUCUGUCACGCA